GAUGUUGACGAAGCAAAUUAGCAAAAUCAAGUCCUGCGAUGUACGGUUCGUUGAGUCGAAUGAGCCGUCGAACAGUCGUGUCUGCAGUUUCACUAUGAAAUAAGAGGUGUUUUAUGCUUGGAGCUGUGAAAUUUCCAAAAUUGCAUCAGCAUUAUCGACCUCACUCGUCUCGUUUUUUAUCACUUCGCUAUAAAAGCGACUUGCAAUUCCUUGUAUCCGAAGGUUCAAGUGAAGGAGAAAAAUGGAAAGGUGGUUGAAGCUUUCGCUCCUUUUGUGCAUAUUUGGUUUCCUGAAGGAGAUCCGCCCUUCAGAGCCGUAUGUCACUCACUUUCUCAUGGGUCCAUGGAAGAACUUCACUGCAAAUGAAGUUUACGAGGAAAUCUACCCCGUAGGAACAUACUCGACCCUGGCCCUUUUAGUGGUUGUGUUUUUGGUGACCGACUUCUUGAGGCACAAACCUGUGAUUGUGGCCGAUGCGCUGACCGGAGUCGCAAUUUACUCUCUGCUCAUCUGGGCUCAAGGCAUUCCUCUCAUGCAGGUUAUGGAGGUUCUUUACGGAGGUUUCAUGGCUGGCGAGGUGGCCUAUUACACGUAUAUCUACGCCAGCGUCGACCGAAGCAGGUACCAAGCUGUGUCGGGGCACACAAGAGCUGCUUAUCUGGUGGGUCGAUGCACUUCUGGGGUGAUGGCGCAAGUGCUCGUCUCUACCGGUGCCAUGGACUACCUUGAGCUCAACUACAUCACCCUGGCCUCCAUGGUGGCUGCUACUAUGUGGGCCCUCCUGUUGCCAUCAACCCAGUCCAGCAUUUAUUUUCACAGGGAUAAGGCCAUUUUGCCAAGCCAUGAGAAAGAUUCACUUGAAGCAAAUGAUGCUGCACCACCAGAACGGAUGGCUCGAGCCUUUUGGUAUCUUCGACGCGAUCUAGUGACGGCUUACACUUCUUCUUCGGUGGUCAAAUGGUCACUUUGGUGGGCGUUGGCAACUUGCGGCUUCUACCAGGUGCUCAAUUACACGCAGCUCAUCUGGGAGGAAGUUGUCCAGUCGUCCGGACAGCAGCUCUACAAUGGUGCUGUAGAGGCUGUGUACACUGUUGUGGGUGCCUGUAGUGCUCUUGCCCUUUCCUCCCUCCGACUCAACUGGCAGCUUCUCGGGCCGCCAGCGCUGGCCGCCUGUGCCCUUGUCCAAGCAGCGGCCGUUUACACCAUUUCUGUUUCCCAGGACUUGUGGCUCUCUUAUGCGGCUUACAUCCUUUGCCUUGCAGCUUACCAGGCAUUAGUCACCAUUGCCAGUUCGGAAAUCGCAAAACUUUUGAAGGAAGAGUGCUUUGGUCUAAUCUUUGGGGUCAACAUGUUCUUCGCCCUGGCCUUGCAGAGUAUCCUGACCUUGGUAGUCAUCACAUGGCUUCAAAUAGCUCCUCGGGAGCAGUUCCUUAUUUACGGGUCGUACUUUGCUGUGCUUGGCGUGGGAUUUGUGUUUGUUGCCCUGUACUCACUGCUAAAAGGUCAAUGGCGUGGUGUCACUCUCAAAUCACUCUGGCUGCCCAAAGAGGAAAGGGCUGAUACGUAAAGGAAGGAUCAAACAUUUCAUCAUAAUCAAGAAUAGUCUGAUUUCAAUAGCUGUGCUUUUUUAUAUUAGUGCCUUUUAAGAAAAGAAAAAAAAACAGUUUUUAUAAAUAAAUUUGUUUAAAAUCAUG